GAAUAUAGUAGUAUUAGAAAGAGGGAAGAGGGAGGAAGCGAAGAUGGAUGUAGGAGAAAAAGUAGAAAAGAAAAAGUCUGAAUGUAAUGCAGUGAUCCAACACGUAUCCUCUUGCAUGUCACCAUAAUAACCCUCUCAAUCUCACACCACAACUCUCCUUCAUUACCUCUCUUUUCCCUCAAUCACUCUUCCUUCUCUCUCUCUCACGCAUCCACACACACAACACAACACAACACGUUCAAACCUUCACCCAUGGCGGACCAAUAUCCAACCCCGGCCCAAGCCCAGGCCCAGACACCCUCCCUCUCCGCGGCGUUCCUCCAAAAGCUCCAAGACCGGGCCCCCAACUCUGCCCACCUCGGCGGCAUCCUCACCCUUCUCGUAACCGCCUCCGUCUUUCUCCUCCUCGCGGGCCUCACCCUCACAGGCGCCAUUCUCGGCCUCAUCUUUUUCACGCCUCUCAUCAUCGUCUCAAGCCCCGUCUGGGUCCCAGCCACCAUCAUCUUGUUCGUCGUCACCGCGGGCUUCUUCUCCGUCUGUGGAUUCGCGGUUUCCCUCGUCGCCGCCUUGUCCUGGAUGUACCGCUACUUCAGAGGCCUCCACCCACCCGGUUCCGACCGGGUCGACUAUGCCCGCAGCCGCAUAUACGACACCGCCAGCCACGUCAAAGACUACGCCAGAGAAUACGGUGGCUAUUUGCAGAGCAAGGUCAAGGAUGCAGCGCCCGGCGCCUGAACCACCCACCCGAUGUAACUCUGUAACUCCAUUAUCUUAACUUCCUGUUAUUGUUAUUAUGAUGCUGUUUGUGAUAUGCUUAAUUAUUCCCUCCACGUGUAUCUUUAGCUUCGUCUGAGUCAGAAUCACGUGCCACGUGUCUGUGUGUCUGCUUCGUCUGUCUCUGUCGGUUAUCCCUCUCCUUAUGUUUUUUUAGAUUUCUCAAUGCAAAAUGUAGUUGUCAGUUAUAUAAACUUGGUUUGCUUUUUUUUUUUUUACUCAUGAAAACCAUGAAAAGUGAAAUAAUGCAGAAAUGAAAUGGAAGAAAUGUGCAUGAUGACAAGUUUCUU